AUGCCAAGCAAUAUCGAAUUCUUAAGUUUACAAGGCUCUGGUAUAAAGGAGUUGCCAUUAUCAGUUUGGUCUAAUGAAAGAAUUUCAGAGGUUAAUAGUGAGGAUUGUAAAGAACUUGAGAAACUUCCAAGCAGCACUUGUAAUCUGAAAGUCUCCGGUACUUUUAGUCUAGAUCACUGCUUAUCUCUUGGCGAGUUUUCCGAGCUUCCCAAGGAUAUAAGUGUGUUAGAUUUGGCUAGGACAUCAACAAAAUUAUUGCCUAUAUCAUCAAUGGCGCACCUCUUUAGUCUCACUACAGUUAAACUAAAGGAUUGCCAAAAGCUUGAGAGUCUCCCAAUUGGCAUUUGCAAGUUGAAAUCUCUUAAGGAACUCGAUCUCACUGGUUGCUCUAGAUUUGAAUACUUCCCAGUCAUCUUGGAUCCAAAGGAACAUUUGGAUUUUCUUAGUUUAGAAGAAACAGCUAUUAAAGAGCUACACUCAACAAUCGAGUUUCUCCCUGUUCUCAAAACAUUUCAAUUAAAAGGUUGCAAAAGGCUUGAAAGUCUCCCAAUGAGCAUUUGUAAGUUGAAAUGUCUUGAGGGACUUGAUCUCUCUGGUUGCUCUAGAUUCAAAUACUUCCCAGAAAUAUUGGAGCCAAUGGAACAUAUGGAGUUUCUUUGUUUCAAAGGGACUGCGGUUAAAAAGCUUCCUUGUUCGAUUGAUAAUCUAAUUGGGCUUCAAACAUUUGAUCUCCAUCUUUGCGGGAACUUUGAGGUUGUCCCAAGCAGCAUCUACAAUUUAAAAAAUCUUGUAACUCUCAACUUUUAUGCUUGUCAGAAACUCAAAGAAUUACCUUUCGGCACUGUCAGUUUGAUCUCUUCGGAAGUACUAAACCUCGGUCGCAGCGGUAUAUCAGAAAUCCCUGAUAGUCUCGUUUGCUCAGCUUCAUUGAAAGAUGUAAAUCUGAGUGAAACCCUGAUUAGGAGCAUACCUGCAUGCAUCAAAGAAGCACCUCGUCUGUCUCGCCUGUGGUUAACCAAUUGCAAGAUGCUUCAGUCUUUACCAGAGCUCCCAGUGCUAGUAUAUCUUGAAGCAGAAGAGCACAAUGCAAGGAGCAACAUAAUGGCUGAUGCACAACUUAGAAUUUUGCGAGUCGCAAGAUGGUACGACUCCAAUUUAAAUCCACAUCACGUGUUUGUGACCAACAAUGCCUUUGAACUUGAAGAAGAUGCUAAAUACUCCACUAAUUUUUACAAACUUGUUACGGAGGCCUCUGUUCAUUUCUGGCCAAUGAGUAUUUCCGGCCAACCCACUUCCUAUUUGAAGGUGGAGAAGUAUGGUAUCAGCCUGUUGCGAGGAGUUGGGGCGGCGAUUGAUGAUGCUGCGGAGAUCGGAGUCGUUGAUAUAGGCUUCGCGGAUGAGGAAUGCAGGGACUCGGACGAUUUCGGUGACGCGGGAGGAGAGGAUUUCGAGACACAUGCCGAUCAGGAGGCAGAAUUCUAG